AUGGAAUACUAAUUGGAAUUGGCAAAUAAAACCAUAGAAGAAUUAAAGUAAAAGCUAUUGGCUGCUGAAUAACAGAUUGUUUCCUAAGAAACUGAUAAGAUUUCUAAGAUUGAGUUGUAAGAAAAACAAAUCGAAAGGAUGAGCGAUGAAAUUGCUUAACUGUAUAGAAAAUUAGAGUCCUAAGAGCAUGAAUUAAGAAUAAAGUCUAAGGACGAUUAAGAUUAUAAAUGUGGAGCGUAUAUAGAAAGAUUAGAGUAAUAGUUAAGAGAAGCAUAUUAUUAAAUCGAUGAUCAAAAUGAAUAUAUGAAAUAGAUGGAAUAAAGAAUAGAUCCUUUAAAUUUAGAAAAUAUAAACCUUAUUAAAUAAAAUAAAACUCUACAAUAGGAAUUAGAUUAUUAUAAGAGAUCUGUAUAAAGUUAAAUAAAUAAACUGAAAGCAGAAUAUGAAAUGAAGAUUAUAGAGUAGUAAGAUAAAUUGAUACAAAUGACAAGGACUCCAAACAAAGAAAAUAUUGCAAUAUCUUAAAAUACUUCUUUUAUUGAUUAUGGAAAGGAAAGUAGAGCUAGCAGAUAAUCAACUUAAGAUUAAUUAUUUGAAUUACAAUCAGAAUUGAACAAAAACAUAAAGCUACUAAAUUCCAAACUUAAGCAAUAUAAAUGA